CACAAGGAGUCAACGGUCCCCACUAAGUGACUUCUCUCACCUUCACAGAUUCUUACUGUAUACUAUUACCCUUUUCUGCCUUCAUGAGUCAUGAACAAGGCUUUGUAAGCAGAUCAGUCUCUUCUAUAUGGUCAGGAUGUUGUGUGGUCACACAGAGAUUCAAGCCCCAGGGUGCUGGUCGGCCUCUGAGGACGGAGACCAGUGAAUCCAGCUCACCAUACAGUCCUCAGGGAUGUUCUCCAGGGGUCACGAGAGGGGCCUCAGUGGAGGAGAUGAUACCAAAGGGACAGAGCCACCUCAGAGUUCACACAAGUGGUCCAAGAGGAGGGAGCUGGGGGGGGGGAAGAGGACUCAGAGCCCCAAGUUGGGUCGCAGCAUGCGGAGGAAGCUCCAGAAGUACCUGCAGGGCCCGGCGGGUCCUGUGGAGCCCUCCAUCCACCAGCCCCAGGACCAGCACACCCCUGUGGAGAUGCAGCAGGACAUGUUCAUCUGUGGCCUGAAGAGAAACCCCUCCAGUGGGGAAUUCCCUGGACUCCACUCCUCCCUGCCCAACCGCCGCAGUCACACAGUGACUCUAAACCCACCUGUGGCUGGGGAGAUGGAGCUGAACAGGGAGGGCUUCAUCAACGCCCCUUGUGCUGAACGCACCAACGGCCCCACCACUAGUCUCCCCACCUCUCCCUCUGGAGAGAACAGCAGCUCUGAAUGUCAGGAUGGGAUCGGGGUUGAGGAGGACACACACAGGCCUUUUCCUAGUGAAGGGAAAGAAGAAGAGGAGGAAAAAGAUGAGGAGGGAGAAAAAGGCUCCAGUGACAUCGUCGAGCACAUAUUGAAAGAACUGCAAGGGAUCAACAAGAUCCAGGAGGAAAUAUCAGACCUGCGGCAUUACCUGACCUCUGUGAGGGGCUCUGUGGACGAGGUCUCCUGCUGUGUGGAUGCAGUGCUGAAUGAGAUAGGGGAGCUCUGCUCCUAUGGAGCCUCAGCACCAGGACCCCAGACCCCCCAGAGGCUCAGCGUCAGACGCGGAAGCCUGGGCAGGCAGAAUGCUGUCACAGCCUUCCACAGGAGGGCCACCAGUCCUUUACUGGAGCACCGGCACAAGUCUUGGGACAAAGACCCAGUGAUGAUGAUGCCACCACAGGGGUCACCUAAGAGAUGGAGAGAAAGGUUACCUCCUUUCCAACCCAAUCUACCCGACCAGGAGAACUCAGACCACAGCUCAGACGUGCCCUGUUCAGGGCCAGGUUCCAGCCUCUCCAACCUGGAGCGGGGGUAUGCCCAUGAUUGCCCCAGCACCAGCUCCCUGUCCUCUGGCCAAAGCUCCAACACUCUGGACCGGGACACCAGGUACCGCUCUGGUAAGGCCGGGGUGUGGCAGAGCGGUUGGGCAUCGGCGGACAUGCAGCGUAGUGUGAGUGGAGAUGGGGGGUGGAGUGGGGAGAACGGCUGGAGCGAAGAGGACGUCUGCUCCUGUCUGAACAGUGGAGAGGAGGUGGAGGACCACUGUGGAGGACCAGGUGGCUGGGCCAGGUACACCACAGGAGAGACCAGCAGCACCCCAGGCCAGUCCUCCCACAGCAGCUCAGAGCACCUGUCCCUGCUGUUCAGCUGCCACAAAAAAUCCCCCUCCAGCUCAUCCAGUGUAGUGGACUGGCGGCCCCCCAGACAGCAGGGCAGCAAUGGACACUUGGAGUGUGACUGUCCAACCAACUGCCCAUACUCCCGGAGCUCCGGCUACCACACUGUAGACGCUUACGCUGAUGAUGUGGGGAGCUGUGGGCCGUCCAGGAGCAUGAGUCGCUCUACUGUGCUGCUCACAGACUGUGAUGAUGGCUACCUGGAGCCGCACUCCUCCUGUGACCACCGUCCGUCCUCAUUUGAUGCCCUGGACAUGGGAUCUGCUAGGAGCCUGGACAGGGAGUGGACUGAACAGUCUGUCCCAGGAGACGUUGCAGGAGAGUGGGAGUCGGGGGACCUGCCUAGCCCUGAGCCUGAGAACACCCAGCCCCUCAAUGUGGGAUUUGAUGUGAAGAGCAUUGAGAAGGCUGUGUUCAAUUUCAGGUCAGCUCUGAAAGGGGCUCUGAGGAAGCUGGAGGGGUCCAGCCUGGAGCAUGGUAGAGAUGACAGUGAGUCUGAAGCAGCUCCCUCUCCUGUCAGACCCUGCUCCCCUGAACCUCCUGAGGGAGAAAUCACUCUGCCAACUGAUCACGUCCUCUCUGGGUCUCCACUGGAAGAAUACAGUGAGGCCUCAGUGUAUGUGGACUGCAGCCCAGCCCAAGAGAACCUGCUGUGCUCCCUACAAGUAUCCACAAAGGAAAGUACUCACUCCCCCUGCACCCCUACUGAAUAUCACUCCAUGGAGCAUUUAGAGAGCCGAGAAGAGUAUCAGACUGAUGGAGAACUGUCCAACCCAGAUCUGACACCAGACCACAGUCCUCCUGGAGGGGCUGGGCAUAGCCCAGGAGAGUCUAACCUCAGCCCAAGGGGGAUAGGGUUAAGUCCAAUAGGAGAGGACCAUGAUGGAGCUGAUCAGGAUGAGUUUUGUGAACAGGAUGUUGUCAGCCCUAAGGAACGCCUUGCUAAUCUGCAGCGCAUCCUAAAAGAAAAGAGACAGAGACGCAAACUCUCCAAAUCUUCCCAAGGAUCCCAGUCCACUUUCUCUGAGGAGGAGCUCAAUCCAGAUGGCAACAGGGAAGAUGACCAGGGACAAGAUGAUGAACCCAACUCCAGACAAGCUUGGAUCAAGCCAGGCGGUGGAAUUGGUUUGUUUGGGAUUGACAGCAUGCCAGACCUUCGUAAGAGGAAGCCUAUACCCCUGGUCAGCGACGUGUCACUGGUCCAGGCCAGGAAGGCUGGAAUCACCUCUUCCAUGGCCGCACGCUCCUCCGUCAAAGACGAGGAGCUGAAGAACCACGUUUAUAAGAAGACCUUACAGGCUCUGAUUUACCCCAUCUCCUGCACCACGCCCCAUAACUUUGAGGUGUGGACGGCCACGACUCCCACCUACUGCUAUGAGUGUGAGGGGCUGCUGUGGGGCAUCGCCCGCCAGGGCAUGAGGUGCUCCGAGUGCGGGGUCAAGUGUCACGAGAAGUGCCAGGAGCUGCUGAAUGCUGACUGCCUGCAGCGUGCUGCGGAGAAGAGUUCAAAGCAUGGGGCUGAGGAUCGUACCCAGAACAUCAUCAUGGCCAUGAAGGACCGCAUGAAGAUCAGGGAGAGGAACAAGCCGGAGAUCUUUGACGUGAUCCGGGAUGUGUUUGUCAUCGGCAAGGUGAUCCACGCUCAGCAGAUGAAGACCAUCAAACAGAGUGUACUGGACGGAACCUCCAAGUGGUCGGCCAAGAUCACCAUCACAGUGCUGUGUGCCCAGGGACUGCAGGCCAAAGAUAAGACGGGUUCCAGCGACCCCUAUGUCACGGUCCAGGUGGGCAAGACCAAGAAGAGGACCAAGACCAUCUAUGGUAACCUCAACCCUGUCUGGGAGGAGAACUUCCACUUCGAGUGUCAUAACUCGUCGGACCGUAUCAAGGUGCGUGUGUGGGACGAGGAUGAUGACAUCAAGUCCCGGGUGAAACAGCGUCUGAAGAGAGAGUCAGAUGACUUCCUGGGUCAGAGCAUCAUCGAAGUCCGCACGCUCAGCGGAGAGAUGGACGUCUGGUACAACCUGGAGAAGAGGACAGACAAGUCAGCCGUGUCUGGGGCCAUCCGUCUCCAGAUCAGCGUGGAGAUCAAGGGAGAGGAGAAAGUAGCUCCCUACCACGUCCAGUACACCUGUCUACACGAGAACCUGUUCCACCACUCAACAGACAUUCUGGGCCAGGGGGUUGUGAGGAUCCCCGACGCUAAAGGAGACGAUGCCUGGAAGGUGUACUUUGACGAGGUGUCCCAGGAGAUAGUGGAUGAGUUCGCCAUGCGCUACGGGAUCGAGUCCAUCUACCAGGCCAUGACAAACUUUGCCUGCCUCUCCUCUAAGUACAUGUGUCCUGGUGUUCCUGCUGUGAUGAGCACCCUACUCGCCAACAUCAAUGCCUUCUACGCCCACACAACCGCUUCCACCAACGUCUCCGCCUCUGACCGCUUUUCCGCCUCCAACUUUGGAAAAGAGCGCUUUGUCAAGCUCUUGGAUCAACUCCACAACUCCUUACGCAUUGACCUCUCCACAUACAGGAACAACUUUCCUGCGAGCAGUAAGGACCGUCUCCAAGACCUCAAGUCCACUGUAGACCUCCUGACUAGCAUCACCUUCUUCAGGAUGAAGGUCCAGGAACUGCAGAGUCCCCCCAGAGCCAGUCAGGUGGUGAGGGACUGUGUCAAGGCCUGUCUCAACUCCACCUACGACUACAUCUUCAACAACUGCCAGGAGCUGUACAGCCGCCAGUACCAGCUGCUGGACACACACAAAGAGGAUCUUCCCCUGGAGGAGCAGGGCCCCAGCAUCAAGAACCUGGACUUCUGGCCCAAACUGAUCACCCUCAUCGUCUCCAUCGUAGAGGAGGACAGGAACUCCUACACACCCGUCCUCAGCCAGUUCCCUCAGGAGCUGAAUGUGGGGAAGGUGUGUGCUGAGGUCAUGUGGAUGCUGUUCUCCCAGGACAUGAAGUAUGCCAUGGAGGAGCAUGAGAAACACCGGCUGUGUAAGAGUGCUGACUACAUGAACCUGCACUUCAAGGUCAAGUGGCUGUACAACGAGUAUGUGAAGGACCUGCCAAACCUCAAUAGGGUUGUCCCCGACUAUCCAUCGUGGUUCUUACAGUUUGUGCUGCAGUGGCUGGAUGAGAAUGAGUACGUUUCCAUGGAGUUCAUGCAUGGAGCUUUGGAGAGAGACAAGAAAGAUGGCUUCCAGCAGACAUCUGAGCAUGCUCUUUUCUCCUGCUCGGUGGUGGAUGUCUUCACCCAGCUCAACCAGAGCUUUGAGAUCAUCAAGAAACUGGACUGUCCUGACCCCAAGGUCAUGGCUCACUACAGCCGACGAUUCGCCAAGACUAUUGCCAAAGUUCUUCUGCAGUAUAGUGCCAUUCUGACCAAGAGCUUCCCCUCCUACUCUGACAAAGAGAAGAUUACGUGUGUACUGAUGAAUAAUGUGCAGCAGUUGCGUAUCCAGCUGGAGAAGAUGUUUGAGUCCAUGGGUGCCAAACAGCUGGACACAGACGCUAGUGACCUCCUGAACGAGCUUCAGGUCAAGCUGAACAAUGUGCUGGAUGAGCUGAGUACCACAUUUGGAAACAGUUUCCAGGUCCAUAUUGAUGACUGUAUGAGACAGAUGGCCUCUCUGUUGUAUCAGAUCAAGGGCCCAGUCAACGUCAACAGCCGCAACAUGGUGGAGGCCGACUCCGACAACAUGCUGCGGCCACUCAUGGACUUCCUGGAUUCAAAGUUGACGCUGUUUGCCUCGGCGUGUGAGAAGACGGUUCUGAAGCGGGUUCUGAAGGAGCUGUGGAGGAUUGUGAUGAGCAGCCUGGAGAAGACCAUUGUCCUUCCGCAAGGAAAUGGCACCUUUGGGGCUCAGAUCCUGUCUGCAGCCAAGGAACUGGGGCAGCUCUCCAAGCUCAAGGAUCACAUGGCAGGAGAGGCCAAAAGCCUGACACCUAAACAGUGUGCUGUCAUCGAUAUAGCACUGGACACAAUCAAGCAAUACUUCCAUGCUGGAGGAAACGGUCUGAAGAAGGCAUUCCUGGAGAAGAGUUCUGAGUUGACCUCACUACGCCACGCUCUGUCCCUCUACACACAGACCACAGACACACUCAUCAAGACCUUCGUCACAACACAACACGCACAAGUGCACAAUGGGAAGGGUAUUAGGUUAACGCCCAAUGAAAAAAUACAACCCUCCAGGGGCUCAGGAGUGGACAAGCCAGUUGGAGAGAUAUCCAUACAGAUUGACCUAUUCACCCAUCCUGGGACUGGGGAGCACAAAGUCACUGUCAAAGUGGUGGGAGCCAAUGAUCUGAAGUGGCAGACGUCUGGGAUGUUCCGGCCCUUCGUGGAGAUCACCAUGAUCGGACCCCACCUCAGUGACAAGAAGCGCAAGUUCCAAACCAAGUCCAAGAACAACAGCUGGGCGCCCAAGUUCAACGAGACCUUCCACUUUGUCCUGGGCAACGAGGAUGGCUUUGAGUGCUACGAGCUUCAGAUGUGUGUGAAGGACUACUGCUUUGGUCGUGCUGACCGGGUGGUGGGCAUGGCUGUGAUGCAGCUGAGGGACGUGGCAGAGAAAGGCAGCGUGGCGUGCUGGUGUCCUCUGGGCCAGAUUGUCACCAUGGAUGAGACAGGCCUCACCGCCAUGCGCAUCCUCUCCCAGCGUUCAAACGACGAGGUGGCCAAGGAGUUCGUCAAGCUCAAGUCUGAGAUACGUUCUGCAGAGGAGGGCAGCUGAGGUUUCCCUAAAGGAGGGGAGGAGUGUGAAGGGCCUCUAGUAAAGACAAGUGGAGAGGGAUGGGAGAACCUUCAUUACACACCUUCAUUACACAUUACACACAAAGGAAAGCCGCUCGACUACUACUUUGGACUAAUAAUGUUUCCUGGCUGCUACUGGCUGUUUGAUGGACACUGGUUCACCAACAUACGGUCACUAUUUAUCACACUCACCUUAUGAAUCUCUCACUCACUAUAUCAUUCACACACAUAGUUUCUCUUUCACUCAGUGGUUAUUACACACACUCACACGAUACUGUACUUCCUGUGGGUCUGCCAGUCUUGCACUAUGGACAUGCCAUGGGCAUUAUGUGCCAGUCACCUCCCUGCCAGCCUGUAUGUACUUCAGUACAGGGUCUCCCCCUCAUCCCACAAAUGUUUGUCAUGUGCAAAACCCCCCCAACUGUGGCCGUACGUUUGAUGCCUUACACUUUGGAAGCUGUGAAUGUGUGAAGUUUAGACUGUAACCUAUAGUACAAAACUGUUUAUUUAUCUUCCUCAAUCUCACUUUGGUGUUCUUCAGGGUCCAAGUUAGUCUCAUUGAUGCUACUUUAAGGGUCCAAACACGGGAUGUCUUGUUAAUGUUGGUGCAUCGGUCAAGGUAGAUUCACCUGGUUUCUAUCCUACCACAUGUCAAGUACCCUGCUCCUAAAUAUAGUGUACAAAUCCACUGGUUUCUGCUGUAGAAAAGGAACGUGGGGGUUUUUGUAUUGAAAGUGGUGCCUUGUGGUGUUUCUGAAGUGAUUUUACGUUUGAGUCAUCCACCUAUUUUCUGACUUGAGGUACUGUAAUGCCAACAGCACUCAAUGUAAAGGGGUUGUACGUUAUGUGUGCCCUGCCAGGAAUUGGGCUCUUAUUCCUGACCCAUUAAUCCCGUAAGUGUACAGUGUUGACAAUGCACUUUGAAUUAGUAUUUCCUAUAAUGCUUUUGAGUCUAAAGCUGAUGUCUAAAGCUGAUGUCACAAAGUGCUGUACAGAAACCCAGCCUAAAACCCCAAACAGCAAGCAAUGCAGGUAAGGAGCACGGUGGCUUGGAGAAACUCCCUAGAAUGGCCGGAACCUAGGAAGAAACGUAGAGAGGAACCAGGCUAUGAGGGGUGGCCAGUCCUCUUCUGGCUGUGCUGGGUGGAGAUAAAUUGACAUCAACAUCCUCAACCCAAGGGCUGCCUUCAAUAGAGAGAGAAACUUCCAUUAAGGAUAGAUGGAGAUGUGAGCACUUUUACUCGCUUAUUACAGUACAUCAAAGUGCAGUGGUGUAUGGAGGGCCCUGUCUUAAACUUUGUAUUCACUAGGAAAUAACAUGUUUUACAAACAUUUGGCUAAUGUUGCCAACCCUCAAUGACACAGACAUUUUAUUAAUCAUUUUUUUUUAUGUAUUUAUUCCAGAUUACGAAUGGGGUCUACUAUUGCAAACAAAGAGGGCUACUAGAUAGCAUUUGAGUAUUGUUUGCAGUGGUAGUUUUGAAUCGCUUUGUGCUGCAGUACCCUACAGAUACUAACUGGACCUAGAGGAUAUUUUGGGACCAGAGGAGUUUAAACAGUUUUUGUCUCCGUUGAGGAAAAAAACGAUUAUUUUCCAGCUAUGUUUCCUUGUAUCUCUGAGUGGCCUUGCUACUGUGAUGAUAAUAGAAGCUGUCUAUUUAAUACCUGUUUUCCCCCUUAUUUUCUGUGUAUUUCUUUUGUUGAACAACAAUAGAGGAUUGGUCAAUUUGCCCAAAAUCAACUGUAUUUAAUAAUUUUGAAGGAUUUAUAUUUGUUUAAUAUUUGUUGAGGUGUAGUUAUUCUCUUAGUCUUUUUAAAAUGUUACAUUGAAAAUGUGUGUAUCCCUCUUUUGGAAACAUGGAAUUAUGGUGGAGCUGUUCAGUACUGUAUCAAUUCACUUAAGGUGUGAUGCAUGCCAGUCAACUUCCUCAUAGAAAUGACGGGAGAAAAAAAUCACACUCAUACUGAAAAUAUUUUUGUAUUUGUUAAGUAACACUGCCAUUGUCCAUACAAUUAUAGUCAGUUUGUUGAAUAGGAAACCACUGCAAAAUCACACACUGCAGAAGUUAUAUCUGGGCUUUAUAUACAGUAUCUACUGUACCAAUGUGAAGUCCUACAUAUUUUGGGCUGUUGAUUUAGGGGAAAAUGUCUACCUUUAAGGAGGGCACUGCCACUCUAACACACAUGUUCCUUGUGCCAAGCUGUCCCCAAGUGUUCACUUUUUAUAAUUUCAUUUUGUUUUUAAUACAUCGUUUUUUUUUACUUGAACUUUUGCACUAUUAUUAAAUCACUACAAUAGUUAGCACGUAUAGUAUAUCAGUCAAAGUACUAUUGUGAAGUUUUAUUUGUAUUAUUGCUACUGGAAAACAUUUGGUAUUGAUCAUUAAAAUGUGUACAUUCCAAUUUAUGAAUUUUGUAUAAAGUAUUUAAGAAAUA